GAUACACACAGAUAGAUACACACACACAGAUAGAUACACACACAUACACAGACAGAUACACACACACAGACAGAUACACACACACACACACACACAGUGACACUCACAGCUCCAGGGAUGUCGGUCAACGUGGAGAAACUAACCGAGGAGCUGGAUACCUUCGGCUUGGUUAUUGAUGGAGACAGUAUGAAAGAGAAACUGGUGGAGUUAUGCAUCACGUAUCGCUUGAAGGAGGGUGAGAUUGUCGAUGAAUGGUUUGCAUUCAGCCAGACUCGACACGUUUCGCUGACUAGGGAAAAUCUGGACAUCUUUGAGCAUGAGAAACUUAGCAGGAGGCCAGCGAAGGCAUGCCCAGCAACAAAGAAACCUCACCAUCGAGCACCUAUACAGAAUCUGAACACUCUGGAAGACCUCGUUCAGGCAGAGGAGGAGGAGGCAAACCUUCUGGAUUCAUACUCCACACCAGGAAGGGUACGUUCCUCUUGCUCUCUCUGA